AUGCCGAAAUUGGUACCUGUAUCUGUUCUUACGAAGGAUGCCCAGUUGGACUUCACAUUGAAGCGCAAGGCCUCUGGGGCACAGCUCGUCUCGAAAGUUUGCACAGCUCUUGGUAUUAGAGAGAUGUGGUAUUUUGGUCUUCAGUGUGUGGACCACAAAAACAGACUUACGUGGCCAGAGGCCGAUAAGAAGAUUACGACAACGCAAAAAGUCAAGGAUGGCCCACUGCAUUUUGACGUCAAAGUGAAAUACUAUCCAGAGGACCCAUCGAAUGAACUCAUUGAUGAAACAACUCGUUUGUAUUUUUACUAUGAUGUUAAAGACGACAUAGUCAGUGGGAGAAUUUAUUGUCCUGCAGAAACUGCUGUUUUAUUGGCUUCUUAUCAAUAUCUUAUUCGCAGUGAGGGAAAUGGUCCAUCCACCAUCAGAAAACCCCUUAACAUCUCGAAAUACCUUUCUGCAAAUGUACGUGAGCAGUAUAAUCUAACUGAUGAAGAAUGGGAAGCCAAAGUGAUGAAUUGUGUUUCUUCGCAUAAAAAUAUGUCCAAGGACGACGCAGUAAAGGAAUACAUAAGAAUUGCUCAAGAUCUAGAAAUGUUUGGAGUUACAUUUUUUAAAAUAAAAAAUGAAAAAAAGACUGACUUGUGGCUUGGUAUUGAUGCUUUAGGUUUGAAUAUUUAUGAAUAUGACAACCAAUUAGCACCAAAGGUUACCUUUCCAUGGAAUGAGAUACAAAAGUUAUCCUAUUCUCGCAACAAAUUUUUCGUCAAGCCUGUUGAAGCUUCUGGAAGGUUCUCGUAUUCUACACGGAUAGUACUCAUACAUCUAAACUUAUUCUAA